GUACUACGGGAGUUCGCGACGUCGGGCCAACCCAACUUUCCCGUUGGACUGGCCGUUGUCGUGCAGCGCCCUCGGUCCAUUGUAUGUAUAUGGUGUUGUCGUGCUUCUGGUGUUGUCGUGAAGCGCGCAGUGCGCCCGCUUGUGAAGCACCCUGUCGUUAAUCUCUCUCUCUCUCUCUCUCUCUCUCUCUCUCCUGUGGUUGGCCUUUGGUGCUGUAAGCUGUGGUUCUCUCUCGCUUGCCCGCCUGUGGUUGGCCGUGGUUUGUGGUUGGCCGUUCGGAGUUCUGCAUCAACGACGCCUGAACGCCGGUCGAAGAUGGCAGACACAGGGAUGGCUCCAUGGAGAGGAAGGGAGAAGGAACAGGACAUUGAGGGGUCUGUGAGUGGACACUCUGUACGGGAGUUGUUGCCGGAGGAAGAGUACAUCAUCGCCGACGUGGCAAAUCCAACAGAAGUUCUUUGUCGAAUCCAUGAACUGGUUAAGAGCUUCUUAAUCGAGAUCGCGAAACCUGAGCCAUCGAUCAGUGUGCUGAAUAUGGUCCACAGGAGCGCCAAGAAUGCGGUUUUGCAGAGCGGAAGGGGAAGCAGCGGUCAUGUGGAGGAGAGAGUGCUCCUCCUCAGUAAUCUUCAGAAGAGGUCUUUGUUGGGUAGCAAAGGCCAAGGAAUCAACGCAUUUGUGAGAGUGUGGAAGGUGCUGGAGAUGGUGAGCCAACUUCUAGAGUCCGGGAAGCAGUCGACUCAGCGCGAUCUGUUUUACCGGCUGGUAUCGGAGGCGCCCAGCUACUUCGAGAACCAGACGGAUGCAAAUUCUGCAAUUCAAGAUUGCGUCGCGCUUCUUAGGUGCUCACGUCAAAGCCUGGGCAUUAUUGCAGCCAGUAGAGGAGCGGUGAUAGGGAGAUUGUGGAUCAAAGAGAAACCAGACGGCAACUGGAUAGAUUGCACGAAGGUUUCGUCGGAAGGAAAGGUUAUAGCAGGAAACAUUGAGUCAUUGAAUAACUGGAAGCUACACACUGACGCCCACUACAUUUUUGUGCUGGAAAAGGAUGCGAUUUUUCAGAGACUCGCUGAGGAUCGCUUAUUUAUGACGCUCCCAAGCAUCUUGAUCACAGCAAAAGGAUUUCCUGACCUUGCCACACGCGCUUUCCUAAAGCGUCUCAGUACCGACUUUCCUCAUUUGCCCAUCCUGGCACUUGUGGACUGGAAUCCUGCUGGUUUUGCGAUCAUUUGCACGUACAAGUAUGGAAGCACGAGCAUGGGACUUGAAUCUCCUCGCUAUGCGUGUGAUGUCAAAUGGCUUGGUCUGCGAGCUGCAGAUGUCGAACACCUUCCAGAUGAUGCAUUUCAAUCAUUAAGUGAGAGGGAGCAUCGCAUGCUGAUAAAUAUGCUUGACUCGCCUAACGUAAGGAAACGGGAGUCGUAUGCCAGUGAACUUCAGAAGAUGAAGGAUGGGAAUCGGAGAGCAGAGAUAGAGGCGUUAUUCACAAAAGUGGGAAUGGCGAGCCACUCAGAUGUGCAGUCGGUGCUUACUGAGGAGGAGACAAGGGACGGUGGAGGUACAAGCUCUGAUAUGGAGGACGGAACUAACAGUUCUGCGAAACCUUGUCGAAAGGAAGGUGAAGAUUCCGAAGCUGCGGGAACGACCUGGAUAGAAGCAGUCAGAGGUGAAGAGGACACAUCACGGACAUAUGAUGUUUCCGCGAGGGGAUAUAAUGACGACGAUGAUGACGAUGAUGAACAUGGUACGUUGUCAAGCAAUCCAUCAUUUUGUCUCAGCGAGUCGGGCAAGGGUAGUGAACUGCCUCCUCCGCCACGUACGGGUACCCAAGAUAGUGCCGGUGAAUCGGUUGAUUCCUCUCAUUGUGUUCUGAUUGACCAAGGGUGGUUGGAUCUUGGCCUGGAUGAUGCUCUACUUCUGCGAGCACCUGUGAAUAUUAGCAGACUCAAGGAGAUUGCAGAUUCGAGUGAGAGUCCGUUUUGGCCCCAAACUCCACCUGCAACUGAUCCACAGACUGAAGGGCUUUUGGGUAGGGAUCCCUGUCAACAAUUGGAAGUUGAACAUCAACGAGGAAAGGUAAAGCUGGCGGAGGACGAAGAGGAGGAGGAGGAGGGUGGGGAGGAGCUUAUUGGAACCGAGUCAAGGAAGAGAGCAGUCGAUGCCAGAGAAGCGGUGAGACAUCUUCUGCAACUUAGACCCUCUCCAUCGUCUUAUGAUGAUGGAAACGAUGGUGAUGAUGAUAAGGAUAGUGAUGGUGACGGUGUUAGAAUUACUGACCGCAUUGGUCAGUCGGGCAUGGAUACUUCUAAUAGGUCUCAGGACUCCGCCGAUGUCACCAGGAGAGCAACGCAGCUUAACUUGCCAUCUGACACUUUCUCACUCCAGGACGUCAGAACGGAUCGUCUUUCUAUCCCUGACAUGCCUGUUGAUCAUGUCAGACUGACAGACAACCGAGAAAAGGCGGAGCAGUUAGUCAAGCAGGGCAGAGGCACCAAGCACAGCAUUCCCAGACUGAACUUGGAUGGUCUCCUCAUGUCUAUUGGUCGUCGGGCCCAGCAAGGAACCACCACUCGAGAGCAAGUGACACUAAGAGGGGGAGCUUCCCGUGUACGCGUGCGUGUGCGUGGGGCGCUGCGUGCAUCUGGCAGGAUGGACUGUAGAACUGGCAGAUUGAAAGGGAGGCCCCAGUCAAGUAGUGGUGGGGACCACAACACCAGUGCUGCCAGGAGGGAAGUUGCCCCCCCAGCGCGUGUGCCUAGGGCCAGGGAGGCCAGGAUGCCAAACGUGGAAGGAAGAGCUGUAUCUCUCUCACUGAUUGGUGACUACAAUCCGAAGGCCAGGGAUAUGGAGGAGCAAAAGGGAAUGUAUAAGGAUGGAGAUAAUCCCAGGUCAGUAGUUGAGGAGGUACUAGAACACAUGGCAACAGCAGCCGAGAAAUAUGCCGAGAGGGGGAGAAGAGGGAGUCAGCCCCCAGUGCGUGAUGAUGACUGCGAAGGAGUUCUGCCCAUUCGAUGUGGAGGGGACGUCGAUGAAAUCUUCCCGUCAAAAAAAAAAGUUACCGAAGGAGAUUUUUUGUCACCUACACAGGUGGUACAUGUGCGAACGUCUGAAGGCCCGAAAUAUGAUCAGGAUCUUGUGAGGGUGAAAGCCUCUUUAGGUUCGGCUCAGGAGCUGGUCCACACUGUUUCCACUCCCGGUCAACUUCCAGUUGGUAGUAUGUGCCAGCAUGAGAAUAAGGAUGAGGAUAAGUACAAAAAUGAGGAUGUUUAUGACAGCACGAAUGUUGUGCGCUUAACAGUUGACGAGGCCAUCUCAGACUUAGCGCAAGAAAUCGGAAAGAGUAACCGCGAGAGCCAAGUCUCGCUGCAUGACCGACGCAGCUCGAUUCUGCCUGUUCGCGGUGGAGGAAGACGGGGCACUUUGUCAAAAAAGAGACGCAUGGAAAGGGACCCGUCCUCACCCCGAGGGCGUCCUUGGAUGUCUGGUUCCAGCGGGAUUCGAACUCCGGCCCGGAGUCUCUCGGGUUCUGUCGACGACCUUGUGAAAAAGUACCCAGCACAAGUUCAGAGGCCAUUGAGGCAGUUGACAGACAUGCGUGGAGGUUAUGCGAAAAGCUUGGAUCGUCCAGUUAAGGCAUAUCAUGAUGGAAAUGAGGCAGAAAUGCCAUCCAAAUGGUAUGAUCUGGAGGAUUCCUCCAUGGGGCAAGACUUUCUCAUAUCGGCGGCAGCAUCUGGGGCGAAAAUACCGGCCAUGGAGUUUACUUCCCCGUUGAUGAGAGAUCACACUGGCAUAAGUAUCUCCUCUACUAUCAUCGGAAAAGACGCCAAGGUAUCGGAUCAAGUUUCUGGAAUUCAAGAGAACCGGAAAUAUCAAAUGAGAGAUGCAGACUUCAUCGUGUCACAAAGGCAACCAAGAAGCGACCUGCAACUGUCCGACUCUCGUGCUCUGGAGUCGAUUCCCCAAGCAACCAUCACUGAGUAUACCCAGACCUUGAAGGACAGCAAGAGCUCUGAUCACACCGUAAGUGCGUCUCUGGCGGCGCGGGAUAUUGGGAAUCAGCAAGGUAGUCUUGAUGCCGAUGUUGAUGAGAAUCGACGACUUGGAAAAGGUCCCUUCUUGAAUGUGAAAGAAGCUCAGCGACCUGUGAGAGAAGGUGUUCUUAGACCUGUUGCAGAUGUGACUGGGAACCGGAUAUUUUAUGACAGUGGAGAAAUGGCCCGUGAAGGAAAUGACCAGGCCACGGGAAUGACGGCUGCUUUAUGGCAUCAGAGAAGAAUGAACCUUGCUGUGGUGGAGCUAGAUUUUCAGCGCAAAGAGCUCGAAAAGAAGUUGCUGGAGGAGCAAGCAGUGAAAAGGGAAUCACUGACUGCUGGGGAGAUGAACAAACUGAAGAAUGAUCUCAAGGAUGAGAUGGAGAGCUUUAAGAGAGUUAUUUUUGACGAUGUCAGGAAGGCUAUUCACAACAAGCAUUCUCUUCACGCGACGAGAGAAAGCUCCACAGGUCCUUUGGUACAAGAUGAAACCAAGAAGAUUGCUGCGAGGGCGUGGGAAUGGAAGAAGAACAUGGCACUGGUUGAGUUGCAGCAGAGGAGUAAGGAGUUGGAACUAAAGCUUAAAGAAGUGCAGGCCGGCCAGGGCACGCCUGAGAAAGGUUCAAUGGACAAGUCAAAGGAGGUGCUUCAGUUGAAAAAGGAAUUGAUCGAAGAAAUUAGGAAGGCCAUAGCAAAGGCCACAGAUUCUGGAAGCAGAUGGGCAUCCAUUGGGUCAGGCCAUAGCCAUGCAGCCCAUGCUGUCAGCGUGAGUCCAGCUACUGCUUCCAAAUGGCAGUGGCAAAGGAGUAAGGCGGUGUUGGAGCUGGAGCAACGGAACACCGAGCUUUCAAAACACCUAGAUCAGGCAAAGCUGCAGCUCGUGGAAAUGGAGAAAGAACGGGCCAAGGACAAAGAGAAGAUACAACUGGGAGCUCAAAAGGAACAAGAACUGGAAGAGUGUUUGGCUAAGGUUAGCAGAAUGAAGGAGAAAAUGAAGGAUUUUGCCACCAAGGCACUCAAGGAAAGUCAGCUGCGCUCGGUAUUGAUGGCGACAUCAUGCAUGGGAGGCGACGCCAUGAGCUUUGCCAUCUCGCUGCAAAAGGAGGCGGGAUGCAGCUCUAUGGUAGAGUAUUCGCAGCAAACGCGUAUUGAGGAUUUCCUUAAAGCGCAAGAUGAUGGGCAUGGGUACAGACCUGUAGAGUUUAUGUCUUGCCGCUUACCUACCGAGAAGGUGGCCGCUUCAACGUAUGAACGAGAGUUGUAUGCUCUGCGCGAGGCUCUCAAUCAUUGGCGACAUUACCUUCGAGGAAGGCAUUUUAAAGUAUACUCUGACCAUGAAACACUUCGCUGGCUCAAAACGCAAGCUCGAAUGACACCUAAGUUGACAAGGUGGGCUGCAGAGAUUGAUAUGUUUGACUUUGAGCUAAAGCCAGUAAAGG